UACACUUUGAGGAUUCAUUUAAACGUAGAAAUGUGACUUUAAUUCACCACCCGCUGCUCAGUCGUGUGACUUUUUCUCAUGUGUACUUCCGCGUACAAUGUUUUUUUUGUUUUUUUCUUUCCACUGACACACGGCAACUUUCACAGAGGCAACAAACCCACGGGACUCUCCGCUGUCUGCUGUUUUCUCUCACUUUCACGGAGCUUCAUUGACUAGUGCGCUCUCCGGCAUGGACGCUGAAGAUGCCCACUUCGGGGGUGUGUUUGGAGCUCAGUGCUCUAACGCAGCCAUGAGCAUCAUUGGGGCUGAAGAUGAGGACUUUGAAAAUGACCUGAAUGAUGUGGAUGACCAGUGUACUCUCUUCAACAACAUAGAUCUACUGAAGGGACGGCCAACCCACCUGCUGGUCUUCAUGCAACAUGUCUUUCUGCAGUUUGACCCCGCCCCCUUGCUGUGUUACCUCCAUGCUGACCUCUUCAGGAACCUCAGUGCCAAAGAGACCAAGAAGCAGUUUGUGGAAUUCUACAACAACUUCUUGGACAAGGGUGCAAUUCUCAGAGUGGCUGUGCCAGGUCAAAUAUCUUAUGAUUUGGACCGAACACGUCCAGACCUGCUGUCUGAAGACACACAGAAGCAUUAUGCUCAGGAAGUCCAGAAUCAACAGGCUGCUGAAGUGGCCAAGCAGCUGGAAGACUUCAGGCAGAAGAGGAUGAUGGGUAUGACCCCCAAUGAAGCUGAGCUCAACGACGUGGAGAGCCACUAUCCCACCGACCGCGUCCCGAGGGAGAUGAAGGAGAAGUCUGUGGCUGAGAACCUGCUGGACAAGAUGUCGGAGACACAACCAACUAUCGUCUCAGACGAGGAGAAAUGCCAAUCCAUCUUUUCAGCCGUCGUCUACUACAUGAAGCACCUUGGGGUGAAAACCAGGGCGGUGGACAGUAAGAAGUCCAGAGGAGGCUUCUUCAGGAGGCAGCUGGUAAAGAAUAAGAAGGAUGAAUCUACCAAGGGCAAGCCCAGAGGGGUGUUUCCAGGCAUCCCCAGCUGGAUCGCAGGCAGCACUGAGGUCAAACCUAAAAUGGAGGCUGAAGUGGAGAAGGAUAAAAACAGUCUGGAGCGUAAGAGUCUAACUCCAGGCAGAGGCUCCCUGAACGAUGCUGCAGUACUGUCACUGCCCAGCAGGAAGUCUCAUUCCAGUGGAAGCUCCGUCUCUGUACCUGGGCUAGAAAUAAGUGACACUUCAGGCAACAGCAUCAGCACCACCAUCAGCCCAGAGUCUACUAUCCCUGAUGGCCUCUUGAGCAACCGCUUAGAGCCUCCGACCCUCUCUGAUGGGGGGGAUGUGUCACCAGUGGGGCUGGGGGGGGUGCUGUGCAUUGGGGAGCCUGUCUCUCCCAUUGACACGCCCACAGAGGAGAAUUUGGAAAAAGACAGACGCAAGACAAGUAGGAAAUUGGGUCGUAGCGAGAGUGCUCGCGUGGAUCGACACUCGUCCCGCCGCCGCGGCUCUUCCCGGGCCAAACAGUCCCGCUCCCGUAGCGAUGUGGACCUCCAGCCGCCUUGUACCACCACAACACCUGCCCCGCUCACCCCCCAGCACCUCCAUCCUACCGAGGGACUAGUUUUAACUCCCGAGGGGCCCGGCCACUCCCCAACCAGCCCCUCCCCACAGCUGGAGGAGCUGUCCCCACGCCUCCUGGAGUUUGAGCAUGAUCCACCCAACUGGAGGGAGCUGGCCUCCCCCGAAGCUCUGUCCAGCCUCAGCAAGAAGGAGACCAAGAGGCAGGAGGUCAUCAAUGAGUUGUUUGCGACAGAGCACGCCCAUGUGCGCAUGCUAAGUGUUCUUCAGAUGGUCUUCUCCAAACCCCUGGAGAGAGUGGGGCUCCUGACCUCCAAUGAGCUGGAAACCAUCUUCCCCAGCUUAGAUGAGAUCAUUGAUAUGCACUAUAACUUCUACGAGAACCUGAAGAAACUGCGUUUGGAUGAUAACUUCAUCGUCAAGUCCAUCAGCACCACAGUUCUCAACAGGUUUGGUGGUCCAGAGGGGGAGUGGUUCCAGAAGUUGACCGCCCGCUUCUGCAGUCACCAGUCAUGGGCCUUGGACCAAAUCAAGAGCAGGCAGAAAAAAGAGCCUCGCUUCAACUCCUUCAUACAGGAAGCAGAAAGUAAACCUCAGUGCCGCAGGCUGCAGCUCAAAGACAUCAUUCCUAUAGAGAUGCAGAGACUGACCAAGUACCCGUUACUGCUGGAGAACAUCGCCAAGAACACAGAGGACGCCACAGAGAAGGAGAGGAUCCAGCAGAGCGCAGAGUGCUGCAGAAAGAUCCUCAACCAUGUCAACGACCAGGUCAAAGUGAUGGAGAACCUGCUGAAACUCAAGGACUACCAGCGCAGACUGGACACAUCAGGCCUCAAACCAAGUAAUGAGCUGUAUACUGAAUACAAGAACAUCGACCUGACUCAGAAGAAGAUGCUCUAUGAAGGUCCUUUGAUCUGGAGAGUCACCAAAGAGAAAGCGAUAGAGGUGCAGUGUGUCCUGCUCGGGGACCUGCUGGUGCUGCUGCAGAGGCAGGACGACAAGAUGGUCCUCAAAUGCCAGAGCAAGAGCAACAUCGCCAUCCAGGAGGGCAAGCAGAUGCUGAGCCCCAUCAUCAAGCUGGACUCGGUCUUUCUCCGUGAGGUGGCCACAGAUCGAAAGGCCUUCUACGUGAUAUUCACCUGGGAAAGUGGCGCUCAGAUCUAUGAGCUAGUGGCUCAGUCUGUUGGAGAGAGGAAAAUCUGGACUGACGUAAUAAAGUCAGAAGUGGAUAACCUGAAGAAGAGUGGGGCACCGAUGAGGCUCUCGCUGCCUGGGAAUGGAGGACCUCCCUUCAGUCCCUCCGCGCUGACUGUCCCUUUAUGCCAGACUGAAAAUGGAGGUUUCAAAAGCGUCAGUGAUCCAGAUAAGGACAGCCUGACCGAUGACAAGUCCUCAGACCCCAGGCACCGGCUGAUCGACUUCCUGUCAGAGAAAGGCUUCGACUUGAUAGGCCACUCCAACAGCGACCAGGAGAAGGUUGCCAACUGUGCUUUGGAUGAAGUGGUGUUGCUGAAGAAGCUCGUGGUCAGGAGCAUCAGUCUGUCAGAAGACUCACGGCCCGACGCAGAGAACGGAGACAGAGAGCAUCCACCGAGGUCCGGCCAAGAGAUGGACAGCUGUCAAUCAACAGAGGACAACCAGCGCUCAGACAGAGGAGCUGAAGAGGAGAGCGACAACAGUGUGAUGGAGGAAGUGUGCGGGAGGCUGCACAGUCUGGAGGAACAGCUGAAGAGAUUACAGAUUGUUGAAGAGGAGCACCACAGGUUGCAGGAGGCUCUCUCUGAGUUUUCUCUGGAGGAACGCAACUUCCAGUAAGACACCAUCACGCCACCUGCUGGCCACUAGAUUUUUGCUGGUGCUGGUUUUGUAAGAGUGACUUUCAACGGCUUCCUUGGACGUUUCCAGAACUCUCAUGAUAAGUCACGUCUGGACCCUUGCUGCCUUAUUUGUCUGUGUCAAGCAGGAGGUUUGUUUUUUUCUGCCAAACAGAGGGAAGGAAGGAAGGAUGGAAGGAAGGAGGGA